CUCACCCUUCGAAACUUUCACGAAACGAAUCGGCCGACGCUUCUCCGUCGCCUCUCUUUCAAAAGCGACGGACAUCGAUGGAAGUUGGCAAAUCGAGUGAAACGAUUUGCUCGUGAAUCAAUCGUAUCACGUGUUUGCCCAAUUCGCGAAUAACACGAUCGAUUGCGGUGGUGCGAGCGAGUCGAUCGCUUAAUAACAUCAAAAUCGCGAUACAAACGGUUUUCUUUAUACGGCGAUGAUUACUUGGGUCGAAAAUAAGAUGGAACUGCAUAACAGCCCCAAUCUAAAGAAGAGCAGCUUGCGGGGUGACGAAAUGACGCUCAAGGAACCUCACAGAAAUGGCAGCACAUAUGGAGCCUUCCAGUCGAAGGAUCCCAUUUUGGCUGUCGAGAAGGGCAGCGACAUGGAAGGCGGAAGUAACGAGCAUGGGAUUUCCGUCAACCAUCCGACCUCGUAUGUAGAGACAAUGAUGCACCUGUUCAAAGGUAACGUUGGCUCGGGUAUAUUUGCGUUGGGGGAUGCUUACAAGCAUGCUGGACUGCUGCUGGCUCCACCGCUCACGAUCUUCCUUGGGGUCAUUUGUGUUCACGCGCAGCACAUUCUUGUUCAGUGUAACGAGGAGGUGACGCGUCGCGUUAAUGAUCCACAAGCUACGUCUGGAUUCGCUGGUACCGUGGAAAUGUGCUUCGCCACCGGACCUCUUGCACUCCGAAAAUACUCUGUGCUUAUGAGAAAAUUGGUUAAUGUAUUUUUAUGUAUCACGCAACUCGGAUUUUGCUGCGUAUACUUUGUUUUUAUAGCUAAGAAUAUGAAACAGGUGUUGGACGUGUACGGAAUCGACAUGGACGUUCAUCAACAUAUGGCUGUAAUCCUGAUUCCCAUAAUGCUCAGCACGUGGAUAAGGAACCUCAAGUACCUGGUGCCUGUUUCAUCACUGGCGAAUUUUCUAGUUAUCGCUGGCUACGUCGCCACCAUGUAUAUAAUGUGCCACGAUCUACCACCCAUCCAUGAGAGGCGGUACAUAGCCUCUUGGCACGACCUGCCUCUAUUCUUUGGCACUGUGAUAUAUUCUUUCGAGGGUAUCACGCUGGUUUUACCCCUGAAGAAUGAAAUGAAGAAACCAAGUAAUUUCAAUAAGCCACUCGGUGUUCUAAAUGUCGGAAUGGUCAUUGUGGGAACAAUGUUCGUUGCGAUGGGUUUCAUAUCAUAUUUAAAGUACGGCGAUUUAGUGGCUGGAUCUGUUACGUUAAAUCUCGAAUCGUCGGAAGUGGUGGAUGGGAAAAACGUCGUCGAGCAUUCAAGUUUACCGCAGUGUAUAAAAGUUGCCAUCUCGUUGAGUAUAUUACUCACGUAUGCACUCCAAUUUUACGUUCCCGUUGCGAUUAUUUGGCCGGGGAUCGUCGACCAAUUUGGCCCUUUCAAGUGGCCAGUUCUAUCAGAGACUGUUUUCCGCUCAGCGUUAUGCUUCCUCACAUUUAUCCUAGCAGAGGCGAUACCUCAAUUGGGCCUGUUCAUAUCCUUGGUGGGCGCAGUGAGCAGCACCGCACUCGCGCUCAUAUUCCCGCCGAUUAUCGAGAUGGUUGUCUGUUGGCAGAACGCGACGUUAGGGCUCUUCACGAUAUCGAAAGACAUUAUCAUAGUAUUGAUUGGUCUUCUCGGUUUCGCGACCGGAACGUACGAGAGCCUCACCUCGAUCAUUCAGGCGUUUAGCAAGUAAUUUAGCUGCCUGUUGUACAUAUCGUUGUUUAUUGUACUCAUACACACGCGACAUCAACGGAUCAUGACAUCUACGCGAACAUCAUAGCCAACGAUUGCUGGAAGAGCCGGGGUUUUCAUAUUAUUUCCUGGAUCAUUAUUAUUUAUUAAUUCGAUUCUUCAGUUUCAAUCAGCGCAAACGGAUUACACGCCCUGUUAAUAUUUUAAUCCGUAUUUCUUGUAAUUUUUUCCUACACGCCUUUUACCGUUUACUUUAAAAUUCCAAAUUUUAUAGAAAUUUAAAUCUCGAAUUGUUAGCGAAAUCCUUGAUCAACUUCCGAGUGAUUUUUGUCUAUCAACUUUUAACGAUAUUCUAAAUUUACAAGAUAAUUGUCUUUUAUGAUUUGUCUACUUUAAAAUUCAAAAUUGUAUAGGAAUUAAAAUCUCGAACUGUUAUAGGAAUCCUUCACCAUCUUCCGAGUAAUUUUCUCGUCACCUAUUCAGCAAUAUUCUGAACUUACAAGACAGUUGUCUUUCGCGAUUUGUUUACAUACAUAUAAAUUCAAAAUUGUAUGGGAAUUAAAAUCUCGAAUUUUUAGAGGAAUUGCUGGUAUCAAUUCGAAUAUUCCCACGUGUUAUUAUUAAUAUCGAAUAGCGCUCGUUUUCGAGCGACGUGUUAAUUAGUGUUUAAUUGUAGAAAUAUGUUCAUUCGUAUCUGAAAGAAACCGCGAAGCGAUCGAUAGGAAGAUUCCAAGGUUGAUAACGGCAAUCGGAUUACCAUGCAUGUCGCGUUGCACGCGUAAGUAACAUCAUAGCCCAUAAAGAGAUUGAUAGUGUUAGUUGUUUGUGUCCUGAAUACGACGUAAAGCUAGCCGUAAGAAUUAAUGCCGUAGAUUCGUAGUAGAACUAUUCGAUAUUAAGAUAUUACAGAUAUAUUCUACGUAAAAGUAAAAAAACUGACUGUAAUUACCGUGAUACGUAGGUCGUACAAAUUAAAGGAAACCAAUGGAACCAGACAAUAACGCUGACCACUUUUUGUAAUCGUUGUAAAUUUGUAAUCGUACUCGACGAUCGUGUGAUAUAAAAGACAAAAAAUGUAGAUUUUACUGGAGACGUGCAAGUGAGUUACGAAUAGAUAGGAUCAAGUUUGCGGAAUGUUUUAUAGCUUUCCGAAGGCUCGAGAUCGUGUUCUUUUCGGGGGUGCAUCGAUUGUGACACUUUUACGUUGUAGCUGUGAGAAAAUGAUCAUUGUAUCGUAGUUGUGUUAGGGCGACCAGCGAUUCGAUUUCAUAAUUCGAGACGAAGAAAUAUAUAUAUUUUUUAUAAAUACAUCUUUGGUACAGUCUUUUUUUUUUAUGAGAACAACUCUGAUCUGAACACGAAAAGAAUACAGGUUGGUCACCCUGAAUCACAAUGAAUUAUUAAUUAAUAUUGAUAUACGCGUCGAACAAUGUUAUCGUUACGGAAAUCGCUUCAUCGUAAGGCCACCAAAUUUUAUUAUGCAGCUAUCUCUCGAUUUACACGGAAGAUCAUGGCUUUUUUUUUUAUAAAAAACUAUAUAAAUCGAAAGGAAGAGAAAGUGUGUAUAACUUAAAGUAGAAGAAAGUAAGAUAUAAACAAGAAAUAAAAAGAUAAUUCAUUCAUGAAAUGAGAAUAGUAUAAAGGUACAGCUCUUUUCACUUGUUUUUUUAUAAUGCAAACACUCAAUUCAAUUAUAAAAAUGUUACAUAAAUUAUAAUUAUUAAACAUAAAGUUUUAAAAAUUUUCGAUUAAAAAGCACAACUUUGAAUUCAUUUAGUGAUAACAAACAGAAAUUGUUCGCAAUUCGUCAGUACCUAUUGAUAAAUGGUACUGAAGAAUAAUUGAACAAGUACAUGAGUAGCAUAACUUUCUGGGUUUACAGAAUGUUUUUAUAAAUCCGUUAUUUUGAAAACUAUAUAAAAAAAGGUAUCGUGUAAAUCGUGGGUUAGGUGUACUCACGAAAGUACUUGCGAUGCGAAUUCUUUUCAUAGCGAAUAAACACCUUAAGCGGGAGGUGAAUCGUAUCUGUAAGUAACUGAUGUAACAUCGAUUUAAUUGUACAUUUUAUUUAUUUUUUUUUGUUUCGCAGUAUAUGGUCAAUAUUUAUAAAAAGAAAAAGAAGAAAACGACGAGAAAUUGAAUAUUGUUUGAUUGCACGUUAUCAUGGAUCGAUGAACCUAUUAUACUUUAAUACCGAACUUUUUCUAUGUGUAUAGAUAUAUAGUGUCACUGAAAACGUGAUGAAAACAUGUUUUUUUUUUU